AUGGCACUGGAGACUCACAAUUGCUCUCUGAGGCUAAAACAGAUAAUCUGGUGUCUGAGCCAAGUGGCCCAGCCCGCCCCGCCCCGCCCCACGCAGGCGCAGACUGGUCGCUUCGAGCCCAGUGGCGGGAAAGUCUGCGAGCUCCUGCACGUCAGGGCCGCCGGCUCUGUUAGGCUCCGGAGGACUCGCGGGGAGCGGCUGGGCCUCCGCAUGAUGAACUGUGAACUCCUAGCCACAUGUAGCGCCCUUGGGUACCUGGAAGGAGGCACUUACCACAAGGAGCCAGACUGCCUAGAGAGUGUGAAGGAUUUGAUCCGCUACCUGAGGCAUGAGGACGAGACGAGAGAUGUGCGGCAGCAGCUGGGAGCUGCGCAGAUCCUGCAGAAUGACCUUCUGCCCAUCCUCACGCAGCACCGCCAGGACAAGGCUCUCUUCGAUGCUGUCAUCAGGCUGAUGGUAAAUUUGACCCAGCCAGCCUUGCUCUGCUUUGGCAGCGUGCCCAAGGACCCUAGUGUACGGCACCAUUUCCUGCAGGUUCUGACUUACCUGCAGGCCUAUAAAGAGGCCUUUGCCAGUGAGAAGGCAUUUGGAGUCCUCAGUGAAACUCUGUAUGAACUGCUGCAGCUGGGUUGGGAGGAUCGGCAGGAAGAAGACAACUUGCUGAUUGAGCGGGUCCUGCUGCUGGUCAGGAAUAUUCUCCAUGUCCCAGCGGACCCUGAGCAGGAGAAGCGGAUCGAUGACGAUGCCAGCAUCCAUGACCGGCUUCUUUGGGCGAUGCAUCUCAGCGGCAUGGACGACUUGCUUCUCUUCCUGUCCAGCUCAUCCGCUGAGCAGCAGUGGAGCCUCCACGUCCUGGAGAUUGUUUCUCUCAUGUUCCGAGACCAGAACCCUGAGCAGCUAGCAGGAGUAGGACAGGGACGCUCGGCUCAGGAGCGGAGCACGGAUGUGGCCGAAUUGGAGGUGCUGCGCCAACGGGAGAUGGCAGAGAAGAGAACGCGAGUCUUCCAGCGAGGCAACAGGCACUCUCAAUUUGGGGGUUCAUACAUCGUCCAGGGCUUGAAGUCAAUUGGGGAGAGAGACGUUGUCUUUCACAAAGGCCUUCACAACCUCCGAAACUACAGUUCAGAUCUGGGAAAGCAGCCGAGGAGGGUGCCUAAGCGUCGCCAGGCUGCCCAGGACCUGCCCAGUCAUCGCCGCUCCGCCCUCAACGUGAGGCUUUUCCUCAGAGACUUCUGCUCCGAGUUCCUGGAGAACUGUUACAACGCGCUCAUGGGCGCGGUCAAGGAUCACCUGCUUCGGGAGAGAGCCCAGCAGCACGACGAGACCUACUACAUGUGGGCUAUGGCGUUCUUCAUGGCCUUCAACCGAGCCGCCUCUUUCCGCCCCGGCUUCGUUUCUGAGACCCUCAGUGUCCGCACCUUCCACUUCGUGGAGCAGAACCUCACCAACUACUAUGAGAUGAUGCUGACGGACCGCAAGGAGGCCGCCUCCUGGGCACGCCGGAUGCACCUGGCCCUGAAGGCCUACCAGGAGCUGCUGGCCACGGUCAAUGAGAUGGAUGCGAGCCCAGACGAGGCCGUGCGGGAAAGCGGCCGCAUCAUCAAAAACAACAUUUUCUAUAUGAUGGAGUACCGAGAACUGUUUCUGGCACUCUUCCGAAAGUUUGAUGAGAGAUACCAUCCACGUUCGUUCCUUUGUGACCUGGUGGAAACCACCCACCUCUUCCUCAAAAUGUUGGAGCGGUUUUGUCGGAGCCGCGGGAACCUGAUGGUGCAGAACAAGAGAAAAAAGAGAAAAAAGAAAAAGAAGGCUCAAAACCAAGGCGUUGCGUGUGGGGACGUCUCCCGCAGCCCUGGGGAGCUGGAGGCCGUGUGGCCAGCCCUGGCAGAGAAGCUGCUGCGUUGUGCCCAGGAUCCUGAGCUUGGUGUAGAGGACAUCAUUCCCUUUGAUGCGGCCUCAGAGGUGCCAGUGGAAGAGCAGCGGGUAGAAGCCAUGGUGAGGAUCCAAGACUGCCUUCUCGCUGGCCAGGCCCCGCAAGCCCUGGCCCUCCUGCGAUCUGCCCGGGAAGUGUGGCCCGAAGGAAACGUGUUUGGCUCUCCUGUCAUUUCCCCAGGGGAAGAAAUGCAGUUGCUGAAACAAAUCCUGUCUGCACCCCUCCCCCGGCAGCAGGAGCCAGUAGAAGGAGAUGACGAGGAGGAGGAGGAGGACCAGGAGGAGGAAGAGGAGUUACAAGCGGUCCAGGUGUCAGAGAAGGAGUUCAACUUUUUGGACUACUUGAAACGCUUCGCGUGCUCAACCAUCGUACGAGCCUACGCGCUGCUUCUGCGGAGCUACCAGCGGAACAGCGCUCAUACCAAUCACUGCAUCGCCAAGAUGCUGCACCGGCUGGCCCAUGACCUGGGGAUGGAGGCCCUGCUGUUCCAGCUCUCCCUCUUCCACCUCUUCCAUCGGCUGCUUAGUGACCCAGCUGCUGGAGCCUACAAAGAGCUAGUGACUUUUGCCAAAUACAUCCUUGGCAAGUUCUUCGCCUUGGCUGCAGUCAACCAAAAAGCGUUUGUGGAGCUGUUGUUCUGGAAGAACACGGCAGUGGUUCGAGAGAUGACUCAGGGAUACGGCUCCGUCGACAGUGGGUCUUCCAGUCACAGAGCCCCUGUGUGGAGCCCUGAGGAGGAGGCCCAGCUGCAGGAACUGUACCUCGCCCAUAAGGAUGUGGAAGGUCAGGAUGUGGUGGAAACCAUCUUGGCACACCUGAAGACCGCUCCUCGGACACGCAAGCAGAUCAUCAACCAUCUGGUACGGAUGGGCCUGGCCGACAGCGUCAAGGACUUCCAGAGGAAAGGGACCCAGCUCGUCUUAUGGACAGAGGAUCAGGAGCUGGAGCUGCAGCGCCUCUUUGAGGAGUUUCAGGACUCGGAUGAUGUCCUUGGUCAUAUCAUGAAGAAUGUCACAGCCAAACGUUCUCGGGCUCGCAUAGUGGAUAAACUGCUGGCCCUGGGCUUGGUGUCUGAACGGCGGCAGCUAUACAAGAAACGGAGAAAGAAGUUGGCGCCCUCUUGCGUGCCAAGUGGAGAAGAGACCUUGAAGGAUUCUCGGUGUGAUGAUCUGGAAGAGGAGGAAGACUUGCCAGAGGAAGAGAGUGAAGAAGACGAGGACCAGGAGGAAGGCUUACAAGCAGAGGCAGUUCAGGGCAGCUCGUUUCCCUCUGCUGAAAACCUUGGUCGAAGCCUGCGCCAGGAGGGCCUCUCUGCUCCCCUCCUGUGGCUCCAGAACUGCCUGGUUCGCGCAGCAGGUGACCGGGAAGAGAACGGCUGCUCCCAGCCAAUCCCUCUGGUGCCUCUGACAGAAGAAAACGAGGAAGCAAUGGAGAACGGACAGUUUCAGCGUCUGCUACGCAAGCUAGGGAUGCGGUCCCCGACCUUAGGGCAGGAAACCUUCUGGCGAAUUCCAGCCAAGCUGACCUCCACCCAGCUCCGGAGACUGGCAGCUUCUUUGAAUCAACGAGAAAAAGAGGAGGGAAGGGAACAAGAGGCAGAGCCACAUCCAGGGGUCCCUGGAGAGCAGAGUCCCGAUGAUGAGCCCCAGGCCGAAGCCCCGAGAGCCUUCCCCUCAGCCCGUAAGAAGAAAGCGGGCCUGGCAUCGCCAGAAGAGGAGGAGACCGCUGGGGAGAAAGAGUGGAAACCAGAGCCCAAGAAACGACAGUUGCUGGACAGUGAUGAAGAGGAAGACGAUGAGGGGAGGAGGCAAGCACCAGCACUGGGAACUCCAGUAAUCCACAAGAAGAAACGAUUUCAAAUUGAGGAUGACGAUGAGGAUGGCUGAAAAGAUGCCUCGUGCCAGAGGCGGUGGGAGUUGGGUGGCCCAGAAGCUACCCUGCCUGCACU